AGAGUAAGCCGACCAGUCCAGCCGGGCGAACGCGAAGCGCGUUGAUGGCCUUGCCAACUCUCAUAAGGAAAAUAAAUAAAUAAAAAGAACUUUACAAAUAACAUAUACAACCUGUUUUGUGCGUCUCCGAUUGAUAUUUCAUAAGUUGUUUGUGGUAAAUUUUUAAGAAAUUUGAAUUUCGAACUGAGAAAUGCUAAAAUAUUUCUCAUUCGUCGUUCUUCUCGCGACGGUCCAUUGUCAGAACAACAAUGGCGAUUUGGAGUCGAUACUGUCACAAAUCUUCGGGACUCCCCCACCGGGCGGUGACGCCGCCAACCCUGGCGGGAAAGAACCGGUCGUUACACCAAUACCUACAGACAACAAGAACCAGGGACCAGUGACGGCAUCAACAUUGGUACCCAGUGUAUCAUCCAAUGCAGGAGAAGUUGAUACAUCUUGCAGAACGGAAAAAGGUGAAGUAGGAGAAUGCGUGCGGUACUUCCUGUGCAAUAACAACAAUAACACAAUUAAUACAGAUGGAUUUGGCAUUAUUGACAUACGUAUUCGUGAUGGCCCCUGUGAGUCAUACUUAGACUCCUGUUGUCUAUUGCCUGACCAAAGACCUCCCGAAGACCCGAUCACUCCUAAACCACCGCCAAAAGAAGAACAGCGUGAGGGAUGCGGGUGGAGGAACCCACGAGGAGUCGGGUUCCGUACGACAGGUGAUGUCGACAGUGAGUCCAAAUUCGGCGAAUUCCCGUGGAUGGUCGCCAUUUUGAAAAUUGAGCCAGUGAGUGCUACGGACCUCGAUGGCCAACAGCUGAAUGUAUACGUCGGCGGCGGCUCCCUGAUCCACCCGAGCGUCGUCCUGACCACCGCCCACUACGUGGCCAAAGCCAACAAACUCAGAGUACGAGCCGGUGAAUGGGACACGCAAACCACAAAAGAAAUAUACCCUUACCAAGAUAGAGACGUGGGCACUGUCGAAAUACACAAGGACUUCAAUGGAGGUAACCUGUUCUACGAUAUCGCGUUGUUGUUCCUGACUAAGCCUAUGGAUUUGGCGCCCAACGUGGGAGUGGCCUGUUUGCCCCCACCCAAGCAGAAGGCAAGGCCAGGCACUAGAUGUUUUGCCACUGGCUGGGGAAAGGAUAAAUUCGGCAAGGAAGGUCGCUACCAAGUCAUAUUGAAAAAGAUCGAGUUGCCAGUGGUAGCACAUAGAUCAUGCAGGGAUCUCCUGAGGAAGACAAGGCUUGGUAAAUUCUUCGAGCUUCACACCACAUUCAUGUGCGCCGGUGGAGAAGCUGGCAAGGAUACGUGCAAGGGAGACGGUGGAUCACCUCUCGUCUGCCCUAUAGAGUUCCAGGAUGAAAGGUACGUACAGAACGGUAUGGUGGCUUGGGGUAUUGGAUGUGGAGAAGAUGGCACUCCAGGCGUUUACGUGGACGUAUCGGUACUGCGCGACUGGAUCGACGACAAAGUCGCGGGACAAGGAUAUGACCCGAAUGUGUACUCCAGAUAUUAGUUGCGAGUUCGCGUUUUAACUUUUUUCAAGGUCAUUGUUUCUCAAACUCUUCCGCUUCGGACCCCUACAGUCUAUUUAUAGUGCACGUAAAAAACGGGCAUUGUCUCAAAAUAUUAUGUGAGAGUUUGCAAGUAAACAAUAUAUAUCGCUAUCUAUAGAACUGUGUAUCGAUUACGCGUAGUAUCGAUACACAGUUCUAUGGGUAGCGAUACGUAUGGCUAACGACCUAUAGCGUCUAUAGCGACGUAUCGUUUAAUUUCAUCUUUCACAUUGUACUUUGGUUCGGGCCCGCUUUGGCCUGCACUAGGAAAGGACUAAAGAUCACAAUUUACGUUAUAAUUUUGUGGAUGUUGCGUUUAUUUCGAUCAAAACAAGCCUAAUAUCAAAGACCACCGUACGGUAUAAAAUAGAAAGAACUUGAUUAUUUUAUUCGUUUUCGGUGAUUCGAAGGUUUGAGAAACAGUGGCAUGUUUUGAUUUAAUUGAAAUAUGGUUUUUUUAUGAAUUUCCUCUGUUAUGAUUUGAAUUCAAUUUAUUAAAUGUGUACAGACAUUAUCGAUAUAAUUAUUAUAAUAAAGAUUGGACAAAUUAAAUUGUAUUUACCUAAUAUCGAAAGCUUUUUUAUACUUGUAAACAUUUUUAUGAACACUCAUUCACUCAUAUGUGCCAAUUUGUAUUUUAUAAUGAUUGAUAAUUAAACAGUUUGUGAC